AUGACCGAUAGUAUAAUGGAGGUGCGGCGCUCGACCCGACGACUCGAUAAGCGCGCUCCGCCUUCUCUGCGCAUUCUCGCUCGGCUGUUCUCCGCGCUAGAAUUUGGACUCGGUGCCUUGACGCUCUAUCAACACACGCCUGACUUCGCCGCUGUUAAGCGCGCCGUGGAGAGCUCGUGUCAGCUCAGCUUCACACCUACACAUCUUCAGCAGAUUCUGUACUUGUUGCCUGGUGCCUACACACUCGAAUGGAAGAAGAACACGCGAACUGCUCGACGCCAAGCGCAGGAGGAGGGUGGCGACUAUCUUCAAGCGCAGCGUCAGCGACUCCAGCAGCAGCCGCCAGUACUCACACUUCGCAACAAGCAGCUUCCCCCUCCCAAUGAGACCUGCGAGAGCCUCGAGGCUCGUAUAACCCUGUUCUUUAGCAAGGUCAACGCCUACGUGGACGGUCAUGUACAAGUCAUUAAAAAUGAGUUCCCAGACAUUACAGACGACGAGCUAAAAGACGCUCUGAAACUCGUGGAGAUCGAGAAGGCACCACUGCCAAAGAUUCCGUCGGAUAUAGAAAAGCUGGAGCAGGCGCUUGCAAAGCCUGUGCCAGAGGAUUUAAAGUCUUUACCUGAGUGGCUAAUCAACAAGGUCCGGCAGCAGGAAGUAAGCCGCAAGGACGUGGCAGAGAAUAGUGCGAAGGCCUUAAAGAAGCGGAUGCUGGCCACGCUGCCGCAGCUCAGUGACCAGUUGCAGUCGCUUGUGAUUGUCACUAAGAAGUCCAUUUUCCCCAAGGCGGAAGUGGUGCGCAGACUCGCGGUGCGAGCUCCGAUCAAGGGCAAGAUCGAGGAGCAGCUGUACCUGCUCGAGUCACUGGUGCCGGAAUGGCUCACGGUGGUUCUCGACAGUGGUAAAGAGUACAUCAAGAUUUCAACCAGCUGCAAAUACAACACAGUCAAGGCCUCAUUACGUCGCGCCAUAUCUGUCGAAGCUUAA